AUGAUUCAAAGGAAAUAUUGGWUUGUAUCAGGACGUGCAGCCAUUCGGAAAAUGACACAUGCAUGUGUUAGAUGUGUGCGCCGUAGAGCUGCGUGUCCACAACCAGUCAUGUCAGMSUUGCCACCAGUACGAGUACAGCCUCAUCGACCAUUCGCAUUCGUUGGUAUGGAUUACGGUGGGCCGUUUAAUGUUAAAGAAAGCCGUCGACGAGGUGCCAAGACUAACAAGGCUUAUCUUGCUCUAUUUGUGUGUCUAUCAGUAAAGGUAGUCCAUCUGGAAGUGUUAGGUGYCACUCGGCAAUUGAAAGCUUUGUUCAACGAAGCAAAAACCCGGGACACUUUAAUGAGUUCUAAUAAAAGGAUCCCGUGUCAGUGGUAUUUUAAUCCACCUGCAGCCCCUCAUUCUGGAGGGAUCUGGGAGGCGGCAAUUAAAAGUGUCAAGACUCAUUUGCGAAAGGCCAUCGGUGACCAAAUAAUGAACAUGGAGGAAUUGACCACACUAAUUAUCGUAUCGAAGGAAUCUUAA